UUCCAGAUUGGCUCGCGCACUGCCGGAAAGUGGAAGAAGCUCACAGGCCGUUUCUUUUUAACUACUCCGCUUUUAUUUACGGUGAACGCUGUAUGCUUUCUUUUGUAAUUUCUCCUUAAUGUGUGGUUGUGCUUAUUCUCAACAUGGCCGAGAAGUUUGACAAUCUCGAAGAGCAUCUUGAGAAGUUUAUCGAAAAUAUACGACAGCUGGGAAUCAUCGUCAGCGACUUUCAACCGAGCAGCCAGACAGGACUUAAUCAGAAACUAAAUCUGAUGAUCACAGGACUGCAAGAUGUUGAGAAAUGCCGACAACAGCUUAAUGACAUCCACGUACCCCUGGAAGCAUUUGAAUACAUCGAUCAGGGCCGCAAUCCCCAGCUUUACACGAAAGAAUGUUUAGAGCGAGCCUUGGCGAAAAACGAACAGGUGAAAGGAAAAAUCGACACCAUGACGAAGUUUAAAAGUCUCCUCAUCUCUGAGCUCGGGAAGGUUUUUCCUGAAGAAAUGGCCAAAUACAAGGCGAUCCAUGGAGACGAUCCUCCUUCAUAGUCUCAUUUAAAGCUCCCGAUCCAGUUUGUACAUAUGUCCAUAUUUACGUUUUCUACAGUUCCGAGCAUCGGGCAUCAUUACUACUCAUUUCUACGGCUUUUUUCACGGUUUAUAUUUGCAUUUAUAUUUCUCAGAGAUAAAAAAUUUGAACAAUAUUUUCUUUCGUUUUGUUGGUCUCUGUGUGUGUGUAUGUGGAUGGAUUGUAAUUUUUUUUUUGCCUUUGUUUUAUUAAAUAAAUAAUUAUUGUAAUAUUAUAAUGCUCUUCGUUUUUUUUUUUUUGUUUGUUUUUUUAGUGGACCAAUCAGUAUUUUACAGAUCUGGUAAAAAAAAAAAAGGAAAUGUAUUUGCGACAAUGCUUGAAACCAUGUCUCUUUAAUUGCUAUGAUUUCUUAAUAAAUAAUAAAUCCGUAGGCCAUGCA